AUGGAUUUGGACGAUGUUUUACCGACGGUCGGUGAAUUCGGCAGAUAUCAGAAAUUGGUGUUGUGGUUUAUAUUGUUGCCGGGUGUUUUCCCGUGCGGGUUUCACGCCUAUAAUCAGCUGUUCAUGGCGGCAACGCCCGAUCAUUGGUGUAAAAUACCCCAAGUGAAGAAUGUCGAUGUGAAAGUGUUGAGGAAUUUAAGUAUUCCUUUGGAAACUAAUUUGGAGGGACAAGUGAGGUACAGUCAAUGUUACAUGUACGACAUUAAUUAUACUGAUGUGCCUACAGUGUAUUCGGCUAAAACUAACGAAUCUCCUGUCAUUCCUUGCAAUAAUGGAUGGGUUUAUGAUACUAAUAAAAACACUAAAACUAUUGUCAUGGAGUGGGAUCUAGUGUGUUCUAAGAAUUUAUCAACAACUCUAGCUUUAGUGCUCCUUGGAAUUGGUGGACUGAUAGGUAAUUACAUAUUUGGUUACAUACAAGACGGAAUUGGAAGGAAACCAGCGUUUUUCAUUUACCUCCUAAUACAAUCAAUAUUUGGUAUUGCCACAGCUUUUGCUCCGAACUUUAUCAUGUGGACCAUCUUUAGAUUUGGAGUGGGAUUCACAGUACCCGCUAUUCUUGGUACUCCAUACGUUUUAGCCAUUGAACUUGUUGGACCAAAACACAGAACGUUGGUGACCAUUUUAAUCAACGUUGCUUACUCAUUAGCACUUGUAUCACUAGCCAUAAUUGUGUGGGCUUUAAGAGAAUGGAGGAUUUUGGCCUUGGCGACCACGCUACCCUUCCUCACUUUGUUUUUCCAUUGGUGGCUACUUCCCGAGAGUCCCAGAUGGCUCCUCGCACAAGGAAGAUAUGAUGAAGCAAGAAAAAUACUCCUUAGUAUGGCCAGGGUAAAUGGCAAACAGGUCCCGAAGAAUUUUAUGUUUAAAGUCCAACAGAAAGCUAAGUCGGACAAAAGAAUAUCACAGUUAACAUCAAAUUAUGGUAUUAGAGAUCUAUUCCGAUCGAAAAAUCUGAGAUGGAAGACAAUAAUUAUAACUUUUAUCUGGUUUACAAACACAAGUGUUUAUGUGGGACUGUCAUACUACGCCCCGGCAUUAGGUGGUGAUGAAUAUUUAAAUUUCUUUCUUGCUGGUGCUGUGGAAAUGCCCACGUACUUAUUUCUCUGGCCCGCUAUGGAAAAAUGGGGAAGAAGGUGGACUCUUUGCAUCAGUAUGGUUGUUGGAGGGUCUGCUUGUCUGGCAACAUUUUUAGUUCAAAAUGAUUUCUUUGUUACUUUGGGAUUGUACUGCAUCGGAAAAAUGGGAAUAUCAUCUUCCUUCGUAGUUUUACCUUUAAUGGCUUCAGAAUUAUAUCCCACAGUUGUUCGAGGUUUGGGCAUGAGCAUAAGUUCGGUUAUGGGAAUGCUAGGUCCCAUAUUUAUACCUCUCGUUAAUUAUUUGGGAGCAGAUAUGUUGACUUUACCACUAAUAAUAAUGGGAACAAUGUUAGUAAUUGGAGGAGCCUGUUCGCUACUACUACCUGAAACUUUAAACAAACACCUUCCCCAAACAUUAGAAGAUGCAGAAGAAGCAGGGUUGGAUUUCUUUGCUUGCUGCCCAACACCGCAAAGACACCACGCAGAAGAUGUCAAAAUCAACUCGUAGAUUAGUUUAGAAGGGCGUUUGAAUAAACUCAGGUUGAGUAGGUGAAGUUAAGUAUUUGAAUAAGUGAUGUAAAUAGAUAAAAAUAAAAACUACCAUUGGA